AACCCAUUUCAAUUUAGAGCCAAUUAACUAUUCCAGCCCAAACCCAAUCCCAAACUCACCGUUUUCAUAUAAACAUAAAAACCAAAAAAUGCGAAAGUCUUCUUCCUCACCUACACCACACUCACCCUCACUCUCGGCCUUCUCUCUCUCAUCUCCCGAAUCUUCCUUUCAGCCGGCGACUGAGCUUCCCUUCCAUACCCAAAACCUCUUGGAUUUCCUCUUCCCCUUCCACGCUACCCUUGGCUUCUCUCUUCCUUCGGUUUCCUCUUUCUUUCUUCAUGCAGAUCCUCGACCUCGCCCUUCUCUUCCCGUUGCAGAGCAACCGGCAGCCAUCUCCCAAAAGGCGACCGGCAACCAUUUUCUUUCUCCUUCUCCUUCUCCUUCUCCAAUCGUCGGUUCCUUUCUUUUGAUCUCACCAUCUCCGACUCCCUUCCACAUCAAAGUCCCUGGUUGCAAUCAAUCGGGAAGCCAUCACCCACACUCACCUUCUCGAACCACUGCCGCAGUGCCGCAUCACCUACGCCUGGCGAGUGAACAAUAGAACAGGAGCAAAUGAAGCUUCCUGAGAACUCCCAGUUUGACUGCAGAUCUGAUCAGUUUCUGCUCAGAUCAUUCUUUCAGCUAAAAAGGGAUUCGAUAUGGGCUGUUUUUCUGCAUAUCAAGGCCCAAAAUCACAUUUCAAAAGUCCGGGAUAUGAAGAUCCAA